AUGAAGCCAAGUUUCAAUUGUCUCUUCCUCCUCCUCUGUUUCCUACACUGCGUGGCUUCCAGCACGUUGAGGCAGAGAGAUGCGCUGAACAAGUUCUACUUUAACAACGGAGUAGGGAGGUCUUCUUCUUCUUCUUCGUCUUCUUCUUCAUCUUCAUGGGUGAGCAAUCUUCUUUCGGUAUCCGGCCUGAAGUCGAAGGUCUACGACAAUAGCGGGCUGAAGGAGGGGGACAAGGUUGUUUGGUUGCCUGGCCAGCCAGAAGGGGUCAAUUUUGAUCAGUACGCGAGGUAUGUCACAGUUGAUAGAGCCAACGGACGGGCUCUAUUUUACUACUUUGCCGAGGCUGCCGAGAAUAGCGGGUCGAAGCCUAUUGUGAUCUGGCUCAAUGGAGUGGCAAAUGUCUUGUUCUUGGAGAGCCCUGCCGGCGUCAGCUUCUCCUACUCCAACAGCACGUCGAACUACGCCAAGAGCGGAGAUCGUAGGACGGCGACCGAUGCGGUGGUUUUUCUCGUCAAUUGGUUAGAGCGGUUCCAAGAGUAUAAGGGGAGGGACUUCUUCAUCACUGGCGAGAGCUACGCCGACCACUACAUCCCCCAGCUUGCCCACGCCAUACUCCACCACAAAGAUUUCCUCAUCAACCUCAAAGGCAUCGCGAUCGGGAACACGGUGAUCAACAAGGAGACGGAUAUCAAGGGGGCAUUUGACUACUUCUGGAUGCACGCGUAG